UCGCUCCAGCCGCGCGUUCUCCCGAGCGGCUGCGCCUCGGGCUCAGAAGGCGCGAGAGCCGGGCCCCAAGAAAGGACGAGCGCCAUGUCUUCGGUGGACCGGGUGCUGACGCUGUUCGGCUACAAGCUGGACAGGAAGCUGGGCGACUUCAAGGCGCGCCUGCGCGAGGACCGCGGGCCCACGAACACGGGCGCCAACCCCUGGAACCCGGCGACCGUGGUGCUCGACUCGCUGCGGCGCCGCAAGUGCGGCUUCGGUCGGCUCGCCGCCAAGAACGGCAGCCCGUCGGGCUUGCGGAGACAGCGCUCCGGCUGCUAGGCCUAAGAGCGCGCUGCCCCAUCCCCGACCCCCAGCCAUCCCCAUCCACCGCGGGCCCACCGAUGCUGCGCGGAUCUUCGCCACGUCCAACCGUCCACCGACUAGGUCGCGCCGGGAGUCGCGAGGGCGACGUUGCCUCAGUGAGGCUUCACGCUUGGUACAACGACGCCACUUGCCGCUGUGAGUAAGGCCAAGGGACUUCUCGCUGGGCCAACCAAGCUCUACUGUUCAUCUGCUGAGACGCAUGUUCGAGGGUUGCGAGACAUGACUGGCAUCUCAGCGUCGGAUGUUUAAAGUUGAACCGGGAUCAGGGCUCAAAGCUUCAGCCAUGUGAGCGGCUCGUGUUCAGCGCCAGGAAACUUUAUCGGCGGGGAGGCAACGUGCCAAGACUGUCAGCUGUGGUGACGGCCAGCGAGACUUUUCAUGAAAAGACGUGGCAGCUCGAUCGAUCGAAAACGGAAGGUUGCGGCAGAGCAAAAGGUGGCACUCGGGGACUAGCAGCGUCGUUUCUCCAGGCUAGGUGCUCAGCUUUUUAGACGUUUGAGCCAUGUCAUAAAAGUUGUAACGCCA